AGCGCUAACUUGUUUAUUUAGGGUGUCGCUCUUGGACUCGGGUCGAGCAUCCUGAAGAUUUUAUAAAAUUUUUAAAUGAUCGCAGGGAUCAAAAUGGAACAAUGAGAAGGUGAAGGUUACAGUUCGGUGGCAGAGCUGCUAUCUUGCAUGUCGGCGCUUCUGGACGAGCAUGAGAGACCUUCAGGGCAUUGACAACCUGCUCUUGAAUGAGCUGAAGUCAUGCUGUGCAAAGGAGUACAACUUUCUCCCCAGGGAAGCAGGCCUCAACCUGAUGGAGUCUACGUCCCCGGAGAUUCACAGCAGAGUGUCUGCAAAAUGCAGAGACAGCAAAGUGGAAGAGUUGUGGAGCCUGACCAGUUUCUUUGGCUACAGGACUCAAACCUUUGUGCAAGCUGUCAAUUUGCUCGAUAGAUUUCUCACCAUCAUGAAGGUGCAGCCCAAACACGUGCCCUGCAUCGGGGUGUGCUGUCUGCACAUUGCUGCCAAAAUGGUCGAGGAGGAGAGCAACGUCUCACCCAGCCAUGAACUCAUCCGCAUCAGCCAAAGCAGAUUCACCGUGUCCGACCUCAAACGCAUGGAGAAAAUCAUCUCAGAGAAACUCAGCGUGGAUCCCGACGUGGUGACGGCCCUGACCUUCCUGCACCUGUACCACUCCGCCGUCGGCUCUCUGUUUGCUGAAAGGGAGGAGAUCCCAAGCAUUGGGAGGCUGGAAGCGCAGCUAAAAGCCUGCUUAUGCCGGCUUGUUUUCUCUAAAGCAAAACCAUCAGUGCUGGCGCUGUCCCUCAUCGCUCAGGAGUUUGAAGACCUCCAGUCAGCCACGUUGUUGAUGAGCAUCCAGCAAUUCCAAAAGCAUCUAAAGAUCGGUGACAACGAGCUGCUACACUGGAAGGAACUCGUGACCAAAUGCAUGAUGGAAUAUCGCUCGAGUGAAUGCAACAAACCAGACAACAAGAAGCUUGUUUGGAUUGUUUCCCGGAGAACGGCACAGAGUCUGCAGACCUGUUACUUCAGCGUUCCCGGUCUGCCGACUAUUCCUGAGAUGAGCUGGGAUGAGAGCGAGAGCGAGGACUCCUGUGAGGACCUGAGCAGCGUGGAGAACAGUCCGUGCGGCUCUUUAGGAAGCGAUGGCGAAGGCGCCUUCUUCCCCUCCUUGUUCCACCACUGACCAAACAGCUGACCGAUGUGAAGCUACAGCAGAAAUCUGCAAUGUCUACCAGUUUUAUAUGAUUCCAAAGCAGACACGUGUGUUAAUGUGCAUGUUUUGGAUCUUAAAGGUGAAUCUGUGUCACUGCUGCUGGACCCUGCCCUCAAUGUAUCUAAGCUUGCAGCUACUACUGUAAUAUUAGAACAAAACAAAAAAGAUUUUAUUUUAUUUUUGUUUUUGCAACAACAGGCCCAAAGUCAAGACAGCUAUGUGUGCUGCAGGCAAAUAAACCCAAACUACAUCAGAAAAUAUCCAGAUAUUUAAAUGGCAAUAAAAUUAUCCCAACAAAGAAAUUACUUCAGUUUGUGAGUGUAGAGCACAGGUGUCAAACUCAAGGCCUGCGGGCCAAAUACGGCCCACUGUACCUGUUUAUGAGGCCCUCUAAACUCUAGACGGCCACAUACAUAAUUGUGAACUUUAAAUAACAGUUGUGUUCUUAAGUAAUAUUUUAUUUGCCAAAUCAAAUAAUUUUUCAUUCGUAUAGGACCAAAUUGUGUGAAAAGAUGCUAAAAAUAGUUAAAUUUAAGAAAUUUUAACAGUUUUUUAUUCUGCCUUAACCUACUCUUUGAGGACAUUCAUGAUCCAAGCCAAAAUAAAAAUGAGUUUGACACCCUGAUAGCGGCUGGAGUAGCUCACUCCCGGCCAAGCCUCUCCUUUUUCUGCAAUUAAAAUGCAAUUAUCUGAUUCAUAUUAUUUGUUUUCAACAGAAAGCAGGUAAUGUGGUCUCCUGCAUACAAGUAGAAGCAAACAUGUUCAGGAGACAACUGACAUAUUUUAUUUUCUAGUUCUUGGGUGCCCAUCCCUUUCUGGUGCCGUCCUGGGCAACCGCCCAUAUCGUUCAUAUCACAAGCUGCCACUGUUAGCAUGCAUGUUAGCCCUACUUUUCAGCUUGAGCACGUAGAAAAUAGGGAUAGAGUUACAGAGUGCCUGGGGAUUAAAUCACUGUGUGUGUGUUUGCAAGAUGUCAGAUUGUUCAUGAUAAAGUGCCUGUGUUACAUCAGCUUGCUGUCUGUUUCAUGAUAAAUAUGACAUAUCUUAAAAAUAGUCUAGAAAAUUGUAAUACACUUGGCAGCUUGA